AUGGCGACAGCAAUGCAAGAUGUGUCGCCAUCUUUCAUGUCGACUCCGUCUAUAAUUACUACUACUCCCACACCCAAACCAGACAAGCCUCGCAAGCUACGGUCUGCCUGCGAUGCCUGUCACCGAUCCAAGACUCGAUGCUCGGGCGGCAACCCUUGUACCCGAUGCCAUGAGUAUAUGAGCCCAUGUACCUACAGCUAUUCCUCACGCUGCGGUAAACCCAAGGGGGCCCGCAGUCGCAAAACUCUGGAGCGGGAGCAGCGGGUGGCGGCGGCUGCGGCAGACGCCGCUCGGAUAGCGGGGAUUCCCCCCCCGUCCGCCCCAGCCUCCGCCACAGCCACCGCUACAACCACAGCAACAAUGGCAGCUGCUGACACCGCGGCUGCCGCAACAGGCGCAACAACCGCCACCACGUCCGCGGCAGCGUCUCCCGGCGCUGACGACUGUCUCGGUCUGUUCGACGACGAGGAGGAAUUGAACCCCAUUUUCUCCAGCUGCAGUGAGGAUACCGGAGCUAGUACUGCGUUCUCGACGGACUGGAUCCCUCCUUUGCCGUCCAUAUCCGAUUCCGACCAUUCGUUCCCCUUAAUAGAGUCAGGGUUAGGCCCGGACCAUGACCCCAAUGACUCCCUUUUCUGGAGCACGAUCGCCGAGCCUGAGUGCCAGCCGGCGAGCAAGGAGCUGCUGGAUCCUCGAUCCAAGCUGCUGCGCUCCUGCAAAUGCCUCCAGAUUCUCAGCAACCUAACCUCUCGAGAUAUCUGUCGAUUUGAUGCCACGUUUGUCUUUGUCCGGAACUUUGCUCGUGCAUUUUCCGCCUUCUAUCGUUGUUCACACUGCCCAAAAGAUGCUGGCAGUAUCAGCAUGGCAGUCACCGCGCUGCAGCUGGCAACGACAGCCCUUGAAAAGACCACCCACACAGGGUCCGAACCCCCUGUCUUCAAGUCGGGCCGCUCAGGUAUGACCUCCGCCGACUGUGACGAGGACCUAGUCACGCCAAGCUCCGAGUUCUUUUUGCCGUCGAGCAAUAGCAAUGCCACCAAUCCGUUCUUGCAGCUGGGAAACUACCAAAUCGCCCCUCUUCCGGAAGACCACGACGAAGAUGAGCAUAAUGAGAUUCUGAACAUCUUGAUUCGGUCCGCGGUGCGCCGCUUAUUGGCCGUCUGCUGGCAGAUCUGGGAUCUGCUCCGUGGACCCGCUUCCCGCGCCGGCCGCGGGUAUGUCUUUGAUCCCCUUGACUCGUCUUCCUCUUCUUCUUCCUCCUCCUCGUCCUCCUUCCCAUUCCCCCCCGACAUUAAACAGCUGUUUGAUCUUUCAUGCUCGGCCGAAGCUGCCCAGUUUCAGAGCACGCUGGUCCAGAUACCGGCUCGACUGUGCAAGUUGCUAGGGUGA